CCAAGGCUGUGGUCUGUGGCUGCGUGACCUUGACGUACAGAACACUACAGGAGUUUUGUGUGUGUCAGUGUUGCCAGCCAAGACCACCAGUGUUACCAGAUGAAAGGGAGAUGCCUAGAGAGACGCUAAGUGGAUGAAAAGUCUCCUCCACCUUCUCCCCCAUUGCUCCAUCCACACUCGCCCUGCCACGACCCUCCACCGACCACCAGGAGGGAACAUGAGUCGUCCAGGUCGUCUUAACAAGGCGCUGAGUUGACGUAGAGGAGGAGAGGGAAGGAAGAUCUGAGCUGCGGAUAAGACCCUCAUCAGUCACUGCUACAUCUUGCAACCAGUAUUUGGAGAACACAGUGAGAAUAAUUGAGGGUGGUUGCAUCACCCUCAAUCACCAUCUACAAAACUCAAACGAUGACCAAAGCGGCAGUGGAUCUGUACAUGAGUGAGGUGGCGAGGGGCGUGGCCAGGGGGCGGCUAGCAGCGUGUGCCACCAGGGAAAUGUGUAUGAACAUAAAAAAAGGCGCCCGUCAAGAAAGGCACAGAUGCAGGGUGGUGAGGCAGUGUUCAUCCCAGGGGCACACCACACAGGGUCAGCAACACAGAUGGUGGUGGAGAGGCACCUGUGGGACGCCCAGGGGAACACCAAACACAACCUUGACAGACAGAAGAGUUUAUUGAUGAAGUGUGGAAGAAGAGGAGAAAGGAACAAUGAUAUUCGACCAGCUGCGGCAUCUGGGGGCUUCACUUGACUGGGACAGCUGGGACAUGGAUGCAGCGAGAGACUGGCCUGUGUGUCUGUCUGUACAUCCUGACGGAAGCGUUUGUCCGUCCGUACGAUGCUGGGCUGGUGUACCGCAAGGAGGCUCUCGUCAACUGGUGCUGCAGCCUUCAGUCGGCCAUCUUGGACAUUGAAGUGGACCACCUGCACCUGACAGGACCCACGGAGCUGGCAGUCCCGGGGUACAGCAAACCGGUCAGCUUCGGAAAGAUGUGGGACUUCCCUUACAGACUGGCAGACUCAGGAGGGCAUGGCAUAGCUAGCUGGACAACAUCACAGACUGGUGUGUCUCCCGGCAGCUCUGGUGGGGCCACAGAAUGCCAGUGUACCACAUUACUGCAGCAGAUGGCGAGGAGGUGUGGGUGGCGGCUGCUCGGAGGAGGAUGCAAGGCGGAAGGCUGUGGAGAAGGAAGCAGGAGGAAGAUCUGGACACCUGUUUCUCCUCUGGCCUCUCCCUUUGCCUCGCUGGGCUGGCCGGGUCAGGGGAGGGGAGAGACCAUGCCUGACCUUGCUCGCUUCUACGCAACGACCUUGAAGACGAGUCACGGCAUCCUCUUGUGGGUGGCUCAGGUGGUCAUGCCGGGACUCGACUUGACGGGGAGGCUUUCCUUUGAGACUGUGCUGCUGCAUGGCCUCCAGGGUGAUGGUGGCGGCCACAAGACGUCCAAGUCCUGGGGCAGUGUGAUAAACCCCCUGGAUGUCAUCAGUGGGGCGUCCCUGGAGGUGUGUGACUUGCUGGUGCUGUGUGUUCUGUACUGGUGUUCAUUGGGUGUGGUGAGCAGUACCUUGACAGCAGGUACUGUGCGAGAGGGUGGAGGGGACCCUGAAUGCAGAAGAAGUACUCACUGGUCUCGUAUGAACUCUCCCACAGGCAUCCCAGAGUGUGGAGCUGAUGCCCUUUGGUCCACCCUGUGCUCCACCAGCUUCAGGAAACCGUCACCCCAAACAAUGAGUGGUGGAGGGUGCGUUCUGCGUUGACAGCCAGCAUGAGCGGUGACAGGAGCCAUGGGUGCCUUGCCUCCUCGCACCACCACCACAAGCACCACCACUCCUGCCAUCACCUACAAGGGGGAGACUGUGAUGUGGCUGCAGGUGGAUAGGUUCGGAGGCCUCCAGAGAGCUGCCCAGAGUGAAGCUUGUG